AUGUCGACCAUCAUCACUACCUUGAUCGAAGUCAGAGACUUUGCAAUUGGUCCUGACUUAUACCGCCGACGCGCGUCCGACUUGAGCGACUGGGACGACCUCAUCGAGUACACGUUCAACGCCUUUAACCGCGAUGAACGCUACUUCAGACUGCACUUCCAUUUCUCUCGAGAGACACACUGUAUAGAGGAUGAGUUGCUGUCGAAGGACGAUUGGAACGACGGUAUCUAUUUCGUCGGCGCCAGGAGACUAUUCUUUGCCCAUUUCGUCACGAGGGCUCGACAUGAACCUCGAGGUUACUACAAGAGGAGACAACCUUCACCUUCACCAGCCAGCCCUACGCCUGAGCCUGGUUCGCCGGUGGUACCUUGGACUAUGCCGCCGCUGCCGCCAAUGAACGAGCAAGGACGAACGAUACCCCAACUCCAUCUGCUCCUGCGCCUACACGUCGUCCAGCAAUACGUCCUGGCGGUGGACCUCGACGUGGACUUGCACGUGGACGCGGACGUGGACGCGCACCACAAUCCGCUCAGCGUCCAGCACCUCGCCCUGUACCACCACCAGCUCAACCCGUUCCAGCCGUCCGUCGACCCGCUUCUCAGCGACCAAACACCAACGCAACCAAUGUAUACACCAUUGGUCCACCGAUACCGGCUGAUCGAUACCCAAACUCAAGGGCCCCUCUUCCAAGUUCAGACGCAGCUCCAGCUAGACCUGCGGCUGCGACAUCAGCUCCAGCAGUACCCGUUCGUGCACCUGUUGCCCCGAUGUUGCCUCCUCGACCAGCUGUUCGCCAACCGGCUGCAUCCGGGUACCCAUCAGCCCACCGCGCCCCUUCCUCCGCCGCCGCCGCCGCAAAGUGAAGACUACAACAUGGAACUCGCCGACGAUCCCAUAUCCGACUCCGACGCCCAGAACACACCCCUCCCCGCACCAACGUACGAUGAGUACGCAGACCUACAGUACCCGGUCAUCCGGCCUUCACCAGAACCACGAUAUGAAGGCCAAACAGAUGACGAGCAAGAAGAUCUCACCCUCCAAUCACCACUAUACCCAAUCCCAGAAUUCGAAGAGAGGCCAGAUAAUGAGUACGAAGACCUCACCCUUCAGUCACCGCUAUACCCAGGUUCUGAGUUUGAGCAACCACCGGAUGAGGAAGAAGACCCCACCCUCCAAUCCCCACUCUACUCCAAUUCAGAGUUCGAACAACCACCAGACAAUCAGAUCGAAGACGAGCAAAUGUCCAUCGCCCCCACGUCACCAGGAUCAGGCGGCCUGUUCGUGCGCGACGAGACAGAAGCACAGAAUUUUGAGGCGGCGUUGGCGUGGGAGGACGAUGGUACACAGCAGUCCGUCGUCGAGUCUGAGCUUGGACAAGAAGAGGAAAGGUCAUACAGUGAAGACGGGGAUGCGAUGACAUUUAUUGCGUCUCCUUCUGCUGCACCUUCGUCGGCUGUGCCUACUUCGGCGGGUACGGGUCUGUUUGUGUCUGAUGGGAGUGAGACGAGGGGCUUUGCGGAGGCUUUGGAGUGGGAAGAGGAUGAUGCUGAUGACGACGAUGAGGAGAUGGAGGAUGAAGGGGAGGGUGGUGUGGAGGUGAGGAGGCGAUAG